UCUAGUGUUCCUGUGGUUCUGUGCUAAACCAGUGGGAUCCACUCUGCUCUCCCCGCAGUGGAAGGACAUGAUGGUCAGCUGGUGUUUGGGGAGUUGAAUGGGAAAUUAUGUGUCUGCAUGCAAGGGCGCUUCCACUUCUAUGAAGGCCACAGUAUCGCCAAGGUAACGUACCCAGUGCGAGUGUUCUAUCUUCUGGGGGUGGACACCCUGAUUGUCACUAAUGCCGCAGGGGGACUAAACCCCAAGUUUAACGUGGGUGAUAUCAUGCUCAUCAGAGACCACAUUAACCUACCGGGAUUUGCUGGCAUAAAUCCCCUGUGUGGCCAAAAUGAUGACAGGUUCGGCAGUCGCUUCCCCUGUAUGUCCGAUGCCUAUGACCGAGACCUGUUGCGCCUGGCCCAGGAGACAGCCCAGGAGCAGGGCUGUGCUGCUUUCCUCCAGCAGGGGGUCUACUGCAUGCUGGCCGGACCCAUGUAUGAGACCGUGGCUGAGUGUAGGGCUCUUCGGAUCCUGGGGGCAGAAGCUGUAGGGAUGAGCACUGUGCCUGAGGUGGUGCUGGCGCGCCACUGUGGCCUACGAGUCCUUGGUUUUAGCCUUAUCACCAAUAAGGUGGUCACAGACUACGAGAGCACGGAGCGUGUCAGUCAUAACGAGGUGCUGGAAACGACUCGUAUGCGCACAAAGGACCUCCAGAAGUUGGUCAGCAACCUGCUGUCUAAGUUGUGAUGUAUGAUGCAGACACCUUGGAUCAUCCUCUGUUAACAAUGAGAAUUUGUUCAUGUUUAGGCAUUGGUGGCAAUGAGAAAUCAUGGUUAGAAAAAAAUUAUACAAAAAACACAAUUACCCUAAUACAUAGAAGUAUAUGCCUUAUAUUUUCAGUAUUUGCUAAAAGCAGUCUUAAGUUUACUUACUACUCAGUACAAGUUUUCUCAAUUCUGCUGGUAAAAUUACAACAUUAACCACUACCGUAAAAUCCCUAUUUAACGCCCCCACUCAUUUUUGAAAAUACCCGGUAUAUUUUUUUCGAGUAAUCAGAAAAGAAUGGAAAAAAAAAAACUUACCGGUACCAGAUUUUAAAUCCUGUUCUCUUCCGUAGUCCAUAACAAAAAAAUAAACAGUGGUGGUGAAUAUCAAAAGGUGUCAUUUGUUGAUAGGGUGCUAGAGGGUAAUACCCAAUGUACUUGUUGCAUUUGCAUUAACUUUUUAGGGAGAGAAAUGAUGAUCGAUUUUACUACCAUAUGACCUCUAAUAAACGCCCCCUUUUGGAAAAUGUAACGCCCCCGGGGGAGUUAAAUAGAGAUUUUACGGUAUUAGUAAAAUGUACAUAAAGCUUUAACAGCGAACAAGUUAUAUAAUGUAUUUUAAACUCUUGGAGCACUUUAGUGAAGUUUAGUCUACGACUUCAGUACUCCUCAGGUUAGGCAGGGUAAGUGCCGAUGAGAUCUAUUUGCCUCACGGCAACCACUUGUGUAGUUUUCAUAGUUAAGAGAAGAUACAGUGGACAAUGGGAGAAAACCUGCACGAACAGAGAGAGAAUCUGCAAACUCCACAGAAACUGAUAUCCAGGUCUGAAACUGCAACCCAGGAACUUUAUCUGCUGCACCACUGUGCCACUGAACACUGCUUACUUCCACAUAAAAUGCAGUGAGGUGCUCCCCACAGUAGGUCUACACCAGUUUACUUCAACAAUGUGUUAUAUUUUACUGUGGGCUUAUGUAUGAAUUAUGAAAAUUAUUCAUACACAGCACAAAAAGACAAAAUCUUCAGACACAUGGCCCAUAUGUAGUGGUGUCCAGGGGAAAAAGUGAUGCAGUUUUGUGUACUGCCUAUAUAAAUUUAUAAAACAUUAUCAGAACUCCCAUAUUUCUUCUCCACUGCAGUUACAUUGUUGGAUGCUAAGAACAUUUCUACUGCUUUCAUGCCAUUGUCUUUGGACAAAAUACUGUUUUUACUCCAACACAGCAUUCCUUAUAUAACAUAUUGCUUUCUAAUAUUUUAGUUUUACUAAGCUCUUUGAGAUGGCACUCCACAGACUAUAGAGAUACAAUAUAAAUGCAGCUUCCAUGAGAAUGUAUGAUUAUAACAAGAGUAUAAUAACAUAUUUAUUCACAAAACUAUGUAUGUGUGGUUGAAACAAAUAGGAGGGAAAUUGUCUAUAUAUGCUGUACAUUAAUACUAGUGCAGUAUUAUAAUCAAGAAUAAUAAAGCAUA